AUGCCGGACGUAGAAGACUCCAGCCCUCUUGUCGAUCCUUCUCAACGAUGCUGCAGUGCAUGGACAACCAUCUUACAUGUUGUGAUGGUAACUACCCUUUUCUCCAUGAUCAUGUUUACCUACAUUUUUCUUUAUUGCGUUCACCUCAACGCCGUUGCGUCGCUGGUGAUUCAGAUCAUAGCCUACCUUGCCCUUGGCUGCCUAUACAUCUACAACUCCUCCUGUCGGCAAGACAAGUUUAUGUCUGCUGGAUAUCUUGUACUUGUUAUGUCUGUGUUCCUCAUCUCUCCUCUUGGAAUUUAUACCAACGAUACCAACGACGACCGCACCAACCUCAUUGAACUCGCUUCCUGGGCCAAUAUGGUAGCUAUAUUCUCGUAUUGCGUCUGGAGGCUUAGCUUUAUCCUGCACUACUGUAGGCUGAAAAAGCUUAUUGUGAGAACCAUCUUACAUGGUGCAAUUGUAACUAUCCUAUUGGUUGUGAUUAUAUUUGCCUAUUUUUAUUAUCGUCGAUAUUACGACCAAAUGGGCCAAUACAUCAGUAUUAAAGUAUGCCUACAACGCCGUUCAUCAGGAUUAAAGUAUACCGACAACGACCCAAUUGAUCUAUACAACAGUAUGAGAGUAUGGCUACUCAUUCAGUUAGUAGCCUACAACGCCGUUGGUUUCCUAUACAUUUGCAACUCCUCUGGUCGGAAGGAGAAAGUUAUCUCCGCUGGACUUCUUGUCCUUGUUCUGUUUGUCUCCCUACUCUCCUCGUUUGCCAACACCAAACUUCGCACCGAUUUCAUUUUCGGGGCCAACAUCGUCGCUAUAUCCUCGUACUGCAUCUGGAACUGGAAGCUUUAUCCGUGGAUCCGACGAUGGCUCGAUGCUCUUAAUGCCCACAAGGAGACAGAGCCACGUGAACAAGAAGCGGCGGUCCUUCAGCUCCAAGUCCAACAGACCCCAUUUCGCAUAAGAGACAUGCCGAAGGAAUUCUCAAGCGAUGAAAUCCAAGCCAUGACGCAAGACUUCGGAAACAAGAUAGGGCAAGGCGGCUCCGCCCAGGUCUUCCGAGGGAACCUCGACGACGGCACGGCCGUGGCCGUCAAGCGCAUACAUAUGCACAGUGGGCGCACCGAGGCCGGAGAAGAAGAAUUCAGAAGAGAGGUCUCCAUCAUCGCCAACGUGCACCACCGCAGCCUGGUGCGCCUCCUCGGCUACUGCCUCCAUCAUGGCGGGGGCGGACUCUACCUUGUCUACCCAUUCUUCGAGAACGGGUCGCUGGACAGGUGGAUCUUCAACCGCAGAGACGAGCAAAGGCGCCUCUUGACGUGGCCAAAGAGGUUUUGCAUCGCCGUCGACGUGGCCCGGGCGCUCGCGUACCUCCAUAAAGACUGCCACCGGCGGAUCCUGCACCUCGACAUCAAGCCGGGCAACAUCCUGCUCGACGGCGGCCUCCGCGCGCACGUCUCCGACUUCGGCAUCUCCCUCUCCAUCACCCGGGACCUGACCAGCGUCAUCAACACGCGCGGGAGGGGCACCUUCGGCUACAUGGCGCCGGAGAUGCUCAUCAAUGCGGUGUCGGACAGGUCCGAUGUCUUCAGCUACGGCAUGACACUUCUCGAGCUCAUCGGCGGACACCGGAACUUCGAUCCCUCGUCGUCGGCAGCGCCUGACCCGAACAUCGCGCGGAACUUGCGGGAGAGGAUGGCGCAAGGCGAGCACAUGGAGUUGGUGGACGCAGCCAUGGAAAAGCAUGCAAAAUGUGGUGGAUAUGCUCGAAGGCCGGGUCGCCGUAGACGAUCAGGAGGCGGUGAAGACGGCGGUGAAGGUGGCACUCUGCUGCAUCCAGCACGAGCGGGACAUGAGGCCAAGCAUGCAAAAUGUGGUGGAUAUGCUCGAAGGCCGGGUCGCCGUUAA